UAUUUUAACUCAACCUACCCUCAACCUGCACAACAAUAGACAACCUACCUUCAACCUUAAAUGCCAUCAUGAACAAAACAUGCUUUGAAUUCAACUCCCUCAAACCAAUUCAAAUAUGAAACUCUCUCUAGUUCCACCAAGUUAGACAACACUCAAGUCUCAACUCAACACUUUUUUCUCACCUUGGUGUGCGCACAAUGGAGAAGAAAAAUCUGCUAAAAGAUGAGACAUUUCUCCAACACCCACUUCUUCUUACCCUUGUUCUGCUUCUGGGUUUCUUCGUGAUGGACCCUUUUCAUCUGGGUCCAGUUUCAGAGCAUGAAUUCAGACCCGUGAAGCAUGACAUUGCACCAUACCACCAAGUCAUGGGGAACUGGCCUAGGGACAACGUGAGCAGAUUAGGACUACAUGGGAAAUCAGAGUUCAAGGAUGAAGUGUUUGGACCAGAAUCUCUGGAGUUUGAUAACAUGGGUCGUGGUCCUUAUGCUGGUUUAGCUGAUGGUCGUGUUGUUAGAUGGAUGGGGGAGGAACUUGGUUGGGAAAAUUUUGCAUUUGUCACAUCCAAUUGGACUGAGAAGCAAUGCGUGAGGGGGAAUGAUUCAACCACUGCCAAGCAAUGGAAGCAUGAGAAAACUUGUGGGCGACCACUUGGCCUAAGAUUUGAUAAAGAGAGUGGAGAUCUAUACAUAGCGGAUGCAUACUAUGGGCUUCUUGUGGUUGGGCCAAAUGGUGGACUUGCUACAUCAUUGGCAACCCAUGUUGAAGGAAAGCCCAUUCUCUUUGCAAAUGACCUUGACAUUCAUAAGAAUGGAUCCAUCUUCUUCACAGACACUAGCACAAGAUACAACAGAGUGCAACACUUUUUUAUAUUGUUGGAAGGAGAAUCUACUGGUAGACUUCUGAGAUAUGAUCCUCCAACUAAAACAACCCAUGUUGUGUUGGAUGGUCUUGCUUUCCCUAAUGGUGUGCAAUUUUCCAAAGAUCAGUCCUUUCUCCUCUUCACUGAAACCACCAAUUGCAGGCUAAGAAAGCUUUGGAUGGAAGGUCCAAAAUCAGGGACAGUGGAACAUGUAGCAGACCUCCCAGGUUUCCCAGACAACGUGAGAAUAAAUGAGAAGGGUCAAUUUUGGGUUGCCAUAGAUUGUUGUCGCACUCCAGCUCAAGAGGUUCUGAGCAACAAUCCAUGGUUGAGGAACAUCUACUUCCGCUUACCCAUCAGGAUGAGCUUUCUUGCUAGAGCCAUGGGGAUGAAAAUGUUCACAGUGAUCACGCUUUUUGACGAUGAAGGGAAGAUUCUAGAAGUUCUUGAAGAUAAAAAAGGGAAUGUGAUGAAGUUGGUCAGUGAAGUUAGGGAGGAGAAAGGGAAGCUUUGGAUUGGAACCGUGGUUCAUAACCACAUUGCUACCCUGCCUUAUCCUUAAAAUAAAUCAAACCUUAUUGUUACUUUAGUAUUGCAUCUUUGUGUGUUCUUGUUGAUCUCACACUUUGUAGUGUGUAUUUAGGAGUAGGAUUUCCAUUUGGUCGAAUGUAAUGAUGUUAUUGAUCAUCAUUAAUAAAAUAGACUUCAUGAACUUCCA